CUGCAAAUCACAUCUCCAAAAGGAUGAAAAGCAUUUUCUAAGUCAAACAAGAUAAAAAUCGAUUUUUGUGCUCGUUUUAGACACGAAAAGGAAUUAAAAAUAAUCAUUAAUUAAGCUAUAAGUGCGCAUAAAGGAACUAGUAAAGUUUAUACAUAAAUCAAUUUAGCAUCAAUAUCAAGUCACAACAAAAUGCCUAAAACAGAUAAGAAGAAUCUAAUGGACGACGAUCUUUCAAAUGAGUCUGUCGAGGAGCUGAGAGCACGCUUAAAUGCAAUGAAAAGAUUAGUGGCUGAACGUCAGCAGACUACAAAUGCGACACCAGAUAGAACUGAAUUUUGGACACCUAAUACAAAGCAGUCAACUGGAAUUAUUGAUGGGAACUUCUUAAGCAUUGCAUUUGGUGGAACUUUGUUGACCAUCAUUUGUGUCUCGAUUUAUGCAUUUUAUAACUUGUAUAAUGCUGUUCUGAAGAAGUUUCCAAGUCGUCAUACUGAACUGUAAAGUGUUAAGCAGCAUGUUGUGAUUUUUAAGCGUAUUUUCCAUGUUGUUGUGUCUGAUCUGGUAAACAGUUAUGUUAGGAAGGUCCAAUAAUGUUCAUUUUUGCAUAUCAAUUGAAUUCUUUGUUAAGGAACAGUGAAAAUUGCAAGGGGUAUGAAACUAUACAAAAAUGACAUAAAACGUGACCCAACCUGAGUUAAACUUAAGAAGCUAAUAUUUAGCUCCAUAAAUG